GGCCCGGCCGCCGCUGCCAUCACCUCCGCCGCCUCAGAAGCCGCCCGAGCCGCGGGAAGCGUCGCCGCCGCCGCCGCGGGCCGCCCCCGCCGCGCCGGCCUGGACUCGGGCUGCCAGCGUCGCCGCAGCAGCCACCGGCGCCGGAGCGGGAGCCCGACCGCGCUGGGCUGGGCUGGGCUGGGCUUGGGGCGGGCGCAGGGCGCAGGGGCGGGCGCGCGGGGGAAGACGCACGGGCGGGCUCGGCUCUCCCGGGGAGCGGCCCGGGACUGCACCCGGACCGGCGUCUCCCCGCUCCGCGCCGCCCUCGGCCUCGCCCCGGGCCCGGGCGGAUGAGCCGCGCGCCCGGGGGACAUGGAAGCGCUGACGCUGUGGCUUCUCCCCUGGAUAUGCCAGUGCGUGUCGGUGCGGGCCGACUCCAUCAUCCACAUCGGUGCCAUCUUCGAGGAGAACGCAGCCAAGGACGACAGGGUAUUCCAACUGGCCGUAUCCGAUCUGAGCCUCAACGAUGACAUCCUGCAGAGUGAGAAGAUCACCUAUUCCAUCAAGGUCAUCGAGGCCAACAAUCCGUUCCAGGCCGUGCAGGAAGCCUGUGACCUCAUGACCCAGGGGAUUCUGGCCUUGGUCACAUCCACUGGCUGUGCAUCCGCCAAUGCCCUGCAGUCCCUCACAGACGCCAUGCACAUCCCCCACCUCUUUGUCCAGCGCAACCCAGGAGGGUCGCCACGUACCGCCUGCCACCUGAACCCCAGCCCUGAUGGCGAGGCCUACACACUGGCCUCCAGACCUCCAGUGCGCCUCAACGACGUCAUGCUCAGGCUGGUGACAGAGCUGCGCUGGCAGAAGUUCGUCAUGUUCUACGACAGCGAGUAUGAUAUCCGUGGGCUCCAAAGCUUUCUGGACCAGGCCUCGCGGCUGGGCCUUGAUGUCUCUUUGCAAAAGGUGGACAAGAACAUUAGCCACGUGUUCGCCAGCCUCUUCACCACCAUGAAGACGGAGGAGCUGAAUCGGUACCGGGACACUCUGCGCCGCGCCAUCCUGCUGCUCAGCCCACAGGGGGCCCACUCCUUCAUCAACGAGGCUGUGGAGACCAACCUGGCUUCCAAGGACAGCCACUGGGUCUUUGUGAAUGAGGAAAUCAGUGACCCAGAGAUCCUGGAUCUGGUCCACAGUGCUCUUGGCAGGAUGACCGUGGUCCGGCAGAUCUUCCCAUCUGCAAAAGACAACCAGAAAUGCAUGAGGAACAACCACCGCAUCUCCUCCCUGCUCUGCGACCCCCAGGAAGGCUACCUCCAGAUGCUGCAGAUCUCCAACCUCUACUUGUACGACAGUGUUCUGAUGCUGGCCAAUGCCUUCCACAGGAAGCUGGAGGACCGGAAGUGGCACAGCAUGGCAAGCCUCAACUGUAUACGCAAGUCCACCAAGCCAUGGAAUGGAGGGAGGUCCAUGCUGGACACAAUAAAAAAGGGUCAUAUCACUGGCCUCACAGGGGUGAUGGAGUUUCGGGUGGACAGCUCAAAUCCCUACGUGCAGUUUGAGAUCCUUGGCACGACCUACAGCGAGACCUUUGGCAAAGACAUGCGCAAGCUGGCGACAUGGGACUCCGAAAAGGGCCUGAAUGGCAGCCUGCAAGAGAGGCCCAUGGGCAGCCGCCUGCAAGGACUGACUCUCAAAGUGGUGACUGUCUUGGAAGAGCCUUUCGUGAUGGUGGCUGAAAACAUCCUUGGGCAGCCCAAGCGCUACAAAGGGUUCUCCAUAGAUGUCCUGGAUGCACUGGCCAAGGCUCUGGGCUUCAAAUAUGAGAUUUACCAGGCCCCCGAUGGCAGGUACGGUCACCAGCUCCAUAACACCUCCUGGAACGGGAUGAUCGGGGAGCUCAUCAGCAAGAGAGCAGACUUGGCCGUCUCCGCCAUCACCAUUACCCCAGAGAGGGAGAGCGUUGUGGACUUCAGCAAGCGGUACAUGGACUAUUCAGUGGGGAUCCUGAUCAAGAGACCUGAGGAGAAAAUCAGCAUCUUCUCUCUCUUUGCUCCGUUUGAUUUUGCCGUCUGGGCCUGCAUUGCAGCUGCCAUCCCUGUGGUUGGUGUGCUGAUAUUUGUGUUGAACCGGAUACAGGCUGUGAGGGCUCAGAGUGUUGCCCAGUCCCGGCCAUCCACUUCUGCCACCUUGCACAGUGCCAUCUGGAUUGUCUACGGAGCCUUUGUACAGCAAGGUGGCGAGUCCUCGGUGAGCUCCGUGGCCACGCGCAUUGUAAUGGGCAGUUGGUGGCUAUUCACCCUUAUCGUGUGCUCCUCCUACACGGCCAAUCUCGCUGCCUUCCUCACCGUGUCCAGGAUGGACAACCCCAUAAGGACAUUCCAGGACCUCUCCAAACAAGUGGAAAUAUCUUAUGGCACUGUCCGGGAUUCUGCUGUGUACGAGUAUUUCCGAGCCAAGGGUACCAACCCCCUGGAACAAGACAACACAUUUGCUGAGCUCUGGCGGACCAUCAGCAAGAAUGGAGGGGCUGACAACUGUGUGUCCAGUCCUUCAGAAGGCAUCAGGAAGGCAAAGAAGGGGAACUACGCCUUUCUGUGGGACGUGGCCGUGGUGGAGUACGCAGCCUUGACGGACGAUGACUGCUCUGUGACUGUCAUUGGCAACAGCGUCAGCAGCAAGGGCUAUGGGAUUGCCCUGCAGCACGGCAGCCCCUACAGGGACCUGUUCUCACAGAGGAUCCUGGAGCUGCAGGACACUGGGGACCUGGAUGUGCUCAAGCAGAAAUGGUGGCCACACACGGGCCGCUGCGACCUCACCAGCCAUUCCAGGGCCCAGGCCGACGGCAAAUCCCUCAAGCUGCACAGCUUUGCCGGGGUCUUCUGCAUCCUGGCCAUUGGCCUCCUCCUCGCCUGCCUGGUGGCUGCCCUAGAGUUGUGGUGGAACAGCAACCGGUGCCACCAGGAAACUCCCAAAGAGGACAAGGAGGUGAAUUUGGAGCAGGUCCAUCGACGCAUGAAUAGCCUAAUGGAUGAAGACAUUGCUCACAAGCAGAUUUCCCCAGCAUCCAUUGAGCUCUCGGCCCUGGAGAUGGGGGGCCUGGCUCCCAGCCAGGCCUUGGAGCCAACGCGGGAGUAUCAGAACACCCAGCUCUCAGUCAGUACCUUUCUGCCGGAGCAAAGUGGCCAUGGGACCAGCCGGACACUCUCCUCAGGGCCCAGCAGCAGCCUGCCACUACCGCUCAGCAGCUCGGCCACCAUGCCCGCCAUGCAGUGCAAACACAGGUCGCCCAAUGGGGGGCUGUUCCGCCAGAGCCCAGUGAAGACCCCCAUCCCCAUGUCCUUCCAGCCUGUGCCUGGAGGCGUCCUCCCAGAGGCCUUGGACACCUCCCACGGCACCUCCAUCUGACCGCGCCGCCUGCCUUCCCGCCCACCCAUCCACCCACCCGACCAGCAGAGCUUUUUAAUACAAGAAAACAACAACACAAACCACACACACAUGCACACACACACACACACACACACACACAGACUCUUUCAUUUUUCUUGUACAUACAUGUAAAUAAUGACAGAAUGGAGUGGGGUUAAAAGUGUAUUUUGAAUAUUCCCAAUUUUCGAAGUCAGUAAAAAAAACACAAAAACUGUAUGAAUGACUUUGUAAAUUUUGUUCUAUAUGAAUAAAAAGGCAAAUUACUUGUGAUCAUUCUGAAGUGCCAAAGAAGCCCCCUGGUCCUGGGCCUUCCUGAGGGCAGGAGGAGUGACCAGAUGCGGAGCCCCUAGUGCUGCUCGCUGCCAUCUCCCACAGUUUCUGCCACUUACCUGCCACGUUCCUCUGCAGCUGGCCUUUGUUCUUUUAGUUCCCUGGGCCAGAGAGACUGGAGCCAGCACCGACCCGCCCCUGGGUCAUUGUGCUGUAGGGUGAUCGGCGGCUCCUGGCAUCUUGGGACUUAGGAUGCUCCCAGGACGCAGGACAGUCCUGUUGGCCGUCCAGCUGCAUGUCACGGUGUCCUGUGGCCCAGGAGAAGCACCCCUAUGAGGUGACCAUAUCUGAGGCUUUGAUGCCAACACGGCCUGGGGUCAUCCUGCUGGCCUUGUUUUUU